GCUUCUCUUCCGCGCCCAGGCCGGCCGGCUUCCCUUUCCGGCAGGGCAGGCGGCGGCCGCCGGUGUCUCUUUCUCUCCGCUCCGCAGAGUCGGCUCUUGCAGCUCCUCUGCGGCGAGCAUGGCAGCUCGGAGACGCGGGGCCGCCCUGCGGCUCUGUGCCACAGUUUUUUUACUUGAUGUGGCUUUCUGUAAAGGAUAUGUAGAAGAUUUAGAUGAAUCAUUUAAAGAAAAUCGAAAAGAUGACAUUUGGCUUGUAGAUUUUUAUGCACCAUGGUGUGGCCAUUGUAAAAAACUGGAACCAGUUUGGAAUGAAGUUGGUCUCGAGAUGAAAAGCAUUGGUUCUCCAGUUAAAGUUGGAAAGAUGGACGCUACAUCCUAUUCCAGCAUUGCUUCAGAGUUUGGAGUUCGGGGUUAUCCAACAAUUAAGCUAUUAAAAGGGGACCUGGCGUAUAAUUAUAGAGGACCACGAACUAAAGAUGAUAUAAUUGAGUUUGCUCACAGAGUGUCUGGGGCUCUAAUUCGGCCACUGCCAAGUCAGCAAAUGUUUGAACAUGUGCAGAAGAGGCAUCGUGUAUUUUUUGUUUAUAUAGGUGGAGAGUCACCUCUGAAGGAGAAAUACAUAGAUGCUGCUUCCGAAUUAAUUGUAUAUACAUACUUUUUUUCUGCCUCAGAAGAAGUCGUCCCUGAGUAUGUGACCCUGAAAGAGAUGCCCGCUGUGCUUGUUUUCAAAGAUGAAACUUACUUUGUUUAUGAUGAGUACGAAGAUGGUGAUCUAUCAUCUUGGAUCAACAGGGAGAGGUUUCAGAAUUAUCUUACAAUGGAUGGCUUCCUCUUGUAUGAACUUGGAGAUACCGGAAAGCUUGUGGCUAUCGCAGUAAUUGAUGAGAAAAAUACAUCAGUUGAACAUACCAGAUUAAAGUCAAUUAUUCAGGAAGUUGCUAGAGAUUAUAGAGACCAGUUCCACAGGGAUUUUCAGUUUGGCCAUAUGGAUGGAAAUGACUAUAUAAAUACCUUACUGAUGGAUGAAUUAAAAGUCCCAACUGUGGUUGUACUGAAUACUUCAAACCAACAGUACUUUUUACUAGAUAGACAGAUUAAGAAUACAGAAGACAUGGUCCAGUUCAUUAAUAAUGUUUUGGAUGGCACAGUAGAUGCCCAAGGAGGGGAUAGCAUUUUGCAGAGAUUGAGAAGAAUAGUAUUUGAUGCCAAAUCUACUAUUGUGUCUAUAUUCAAGAGCUCCCCACUGAUGGGCUGCUUUCUCUUUGGCCUGCCACUGGGUGUCAUCAGCAUCAUGUGCUACGGCAUCUACACGGCUGACACAGAUGGAGGUUACAUAGAAGAACGGUAUGAAGUGUCCAGAAGUGAGACGGAAAGCCCAGAACUGGUAGAAGAGAGCAAAGGAAAACAGGAGCCCAGGAGUGGGGACUCUCUGGUGCCUGCAGUGCAAGAACCCAAAGACGUGUUAGAAAAGAAGAAAGACUGAGACUUUACCAGGAUAAAAUAUUUCAUAGGAUUUCAAAUUAUUAAAGAGUCUAUUCAUUGAAUUUAGACAUUUAAUCAUGACCUUUACAGAAGAGAACAUGGUGUUUGUAUUUUGCUAACAUCAACUGCAUGGGUUAUAAAAUAGUCCUUCCGUAAAUGGGGAGAUGUUUGGAGCAAAGAGAUGAAACGUUUGUCUAAAACAAACAAAAUCAAAACACUCCAUCAAAGUUUACCUUAUAGAUGUUGUUCUACCAGAUCAGUUCUAUUUGCAUGUUUCUCUAUCUGAAUAUUCUGUGACAAAAUUAAGAUUCUUGGGCAGAAUAUUUAAAUUGGCCAGGCAGGUAGAAGAUACAUGUGUGACAGAGAAAAAUAACACCUCCACCUCCUACCAUCCAUUCUCCUCAUGUUUUGGAUAAGAUUUAUAUGGACAAAAUUAAGUCUUUAAAACUUAGGCACUUUAAGGAGAACUAAUAACUUUUUCCAAGGAUCAAAUUAAGAUUAUGAGAUAAAAUAAUUUGGUUUUAUACAGCAUAGUGAUUUUAUUUUGUUAUUUUUAAAGGAGAGGAAAUGUUACUUUUUACCUUUAUACUCAGUUGCAUUAUAAAGCUUUCAUACGGGCCUAUAUCGUGGGGAAAAAAAAUAGUCUUAUGUUUAAUCUUUGCAGCAGAAACAGGAUUUACUUGGAUCAGUGAUUUCAAAUGAUGCCCUGGACACUGAGAAGGUGUCUCAGCCAACACUGCAGGAAGGGA